AUGCGUCUAAUAAAGAACAAGAUAGAGCACGGUGGCUCAGGCACAGUCACUCUGUGUCCUGAAGAGCCGGAGGAUAUGUGGCACGCCUACAACCUGAUCAGACCCGGUGACCUCCUUCGCGCAAGCGCAAUCCGUCGCGUCACAACGACACACGACACCGGUACAACAACUUCAUCCCGAGUCCACUUAACGCUGGAAAUCCGUGUGAAAAGCUUGGAUUUCGACCCUCAGAGCUCACAACUGCAUGUCGGAGGAACAAUCGUGAACGAGACACCGCACACUAAAGUCGGACAACAUCAUACAUUGGAUCUGGAGCUGAAUCGCAAUUUCACCCUGGAAAAAGAGAUCGGUGCGAAUGGGGAGGGAGUAGGGUGGGACAGCAUUGCUGUACAGAUGCUCCAAGAUGCCGUUGACGAGAGCGGCAAACGGAGGGCGGAAGCGGUCGCUGUUGUUAUGCAGGAAGGACUGGCCCACAUUUGCUUUAUUGGGCAAUUUCAAACCAUCUUGAAGCAGAAGGUCGAGAUGUCAGUUCCGCGAAAACGACAAGGCGGCGGAGGCGGGGAUCAUGAUAAGGGAAUGUCAAAAUUCUACCAGGUCACACUGGACACUCUUCUCCGGCAGAUGGAGUUCAACACCAGCGCUACGUCUCUCACCAGUAACGAGCCCGUCAAGCCCGUUCUUCUCGCGUCGCCUGGUUUUGUCGCUGCCGGAUUUCAGAAAUACAUACAGUCUGUUGCCUCGACGACUACACCUGCCCUCAAACGACUAUUGCCGAGUAUUGUCGUUGUCCACUCAGCCUCAGGCUAUCUGCAUUCUCUCGCUGAGGUUCUGCAAUCACCUGCAGUGAAGACCAUCCUUGCGGAUACCAAAUAUGCCCGCGAAACCAAACUGAUGGACGACUUUCUUGGACACCUCCGCAAGGAGUCUAACAAGGCCGUCUAUGGACCUCGCGAGGUCGAGUCGGCAGUCGAACAAGGGGCCGUGGGCCGCGGGGGCGGCGUCCUCAUCAUCUCAAACCGAUUGUUCCGGUCACAGGACGUGGCAGAGCGCAAACGAUGGGUGUCCCUUGUUGACCGAGUUAGGGACGACGAGGGGGGCGAAGUGCGUGUACUCAGCUCCGACCAUGAGAGCGGGAGAAGACUGGACGGAUUGGGAGGCGUUGCCGCUUUGUGCACGUUCCCAGUAGUCGAGGAGGAGUUUGAAUCGGACGAAGAAACCGCUGAAGCUAGCUGA